UUGGCACAGCUUGAAAUGAAGGUGGUUUUCCCCCAGAUCGCCCCCGAUUCAACUGCUCUGUUGGAUAUUGCCGUGCUCACAUCCACCCUUCUCUCCAUUCUGGGUUCAGGGCUGGACGUCAGGCUGGUGUCGGAGCAGUUCUCCCAGUCCCCGCAGAAGCUGUCCUUCUACAGCUGGUAUGGCAGCGCCAGGCUCUUCCACUUCCGCGUGCCCCCCGACACCGUGCUGCUGCGCUGGCUGCUGCACGUGUCCCGCGGCGGCGGCCCCGCGUGCGCCGACAUGGACGUCACUGUGUACUUCCGCUCCGGCGCGCCUCCUGUCAUCAACCCUCUGGACACCAGCUUCCCUGCUGACACCUCCGUGCAGCCCUCCUUCUCCAUCAAGAUGCUGCAGAGCAACGCUUCCGUUAACCUCUCCCACCCAGCGCCCGGGGACUGGUUUGUGGCUGCCCACCUGCCCCCCUCGGCCCAGAAGAUUGAGGUGAAGGGUUUUGUUCCCACCUGUGUCUACAUCUUCCAGCCUGACAUGCUUGUGCUGCGUGCGGUCGAGGUGCUCACCCUGGAGCCCGACGUGCCCCUUCCACAGACUCUCCUCUCCCACCCCAGCUACCUCAAAAUCUUCGUCCCCGAGUACACCCAGGAGCUGCGGCUGGAGCUGCAGGGCUGUGUGACCAAUGGGAGCCUGGGCUGCCCUGUGCGCCUUACCGUGGGCUCGGCCACCCUGCCCAGAAACUUCCAGAAGGUGCUCACGUGUGUCAGCCCCAGCGGGGCCUGCCAACUGCUGUUGCCCUCGCCACCCUGGGACCGGUGGCUGCAAGUGACAGCCAAGAGCCUCGUGGGGCCUCAUGGGUCGGUGGCUUUCAGGGCUGUAGCUGCUCUCACAGCCUGCAGGCCGUGGACUCUCAGCUUCCAGCACCUCUUGCAGAGCGGCACAAACCGGAGCUGCAAUGCCUCCUCCGGCCUGCUGCCCCCAAGCCCUGGCUCUCGCGGCCCGGGUGGGAGCGGCAGGCCGGGCAGCGGGCCCUUCUGCCUCAGGAGCCACCCUGUCAUCCGGGAAGACCUGGACGUGGUGUCUGUACGCUUCCGGCCCGCGGACAGGGUCUCGCUGCUGGUGCAGUCAGUGCCCUCAGUGCUGCGGCUGCACCUCAACACGGGCAUGGACAGCGGGGGCGCCCUCACCGUCUCCUUGCAGGCCAACCAGACCGCGGGCAUCAACAACUCCGUGGUAGUGGCCUGCGUGAACGCUGCCUCACCCUUCCUCAGCUUCAACACAUCGCUCAAUUGCACGACAGCCUUCUUCCAGGGCUACCCCCUGUCUCUGAGCGCCUCCUCACGCAUGGCCGACCUCGUCAUCCCCUACCCCGAGACAGACAACUGGUACCUCUCCCUGCAGCUCGUGUGCCCCGAGAGCCCUGAGGAGUGUGAGCUGGCCGAGGUCCCCGUGGAGACCGCCUUGAACUUGGUGCCCUGCCUGAACGACUGCGGCCCGUACGGCCAGUGUCUCCUGCUGCGCAGACACAGCUACUUGUACGCAGGCUGCAGCUGCAAGGCAGGCUGGCGUGGGUGGAGCUGCACGGACAACAGCACGGCCCAGACGGUGGCCCAGCAGAGGGUGGCCACCCUCCUCCUCACCCUCAGCAACCUCAUGUUCCUGGCUCCUAUUGCCAUCUCCGUGCACCGCUUCCUCCUGGUGGAGGCCUCCGUCUAUGCCUACACCAUGUUCUUCUCCACGUUCUACCAUGCCUGUGACCAGCCCGGGGAGGCGGUGCUCUGCAUCCUCAGCUAUGACACACUGCAGUACUGUGACUUCCUGGGCUCUGGCGUGUCCAUCUGGGUCACCAUCCUCUGCAUGGCUCGGCUGAAGGCAGCCCUUAAACACGUCCUGUUUCUCCUGGGCACGCUGGUCUUCGCCAUGUCCUUGCAGCUGGACCGCAGGGGGGCCUGGAAUAUGAUGGGGCCUUGUCUCUUUGCCUUCGUGGUUAUGGUCACCAUGUGGGUGUACCGCUGUGGGCGCCGGCGCCACUGCUACCCCACCUCCUGGCAGCGCUGGGCCUUCUACCUCCUGCCCGGCAUCUCCAUGGCCGCUGUGGCUGUUGCCAUCUACACCUCUAUGAUGACCAGUGACAACUACUACUACACGCACAGCAUCUGGCACAUGCUGCUGGCAGGAAGUGCGGCCUUCCUGCUCCCGCCGCGAGAGCAGCACACCGAGCCCUGGGCCUGCUCGCAGAAGCUCAUGUGCCGCUAUCAGAUCUGUAAGAGCCACCGAGAGGAGCUGUACACGGUGACGUGACACGGCCGGCUCGGGGACGCCCAUGGCUGUGACGAUGACCUCUCUGGCCAGGGGCAGGACCGAAGGAGAAGGACCUGUCCAGACAGAUUUCCAGCUGAAUAAAACUGCCCCGUGCACCCUUUUGCUUCCUCCUGGGGAGAGGACCACACCUCCCCCCUCCCUUGUGCCUCCCGGGUGCUGGCACCUUUGGUCCGCAGGUCCCUAAGCUGGUGCCUGCAGAGGCCCCUGGGGCCUGGGCUGGCUGGCUGGAGACCACAGGUGCCAUACAGGGGCAGGCUCUGUGUUCUUCCGGCACAGAGAUGGUUGGAGAUGUGGAGAAAGACUCCCCAUUGCCCCGUUCCCCUGUGAGGCUGUGACACGAGACCCAAGGGGACAGAGGAGACCUGAGCUCACUCCCACAGGCCUCUCCCCACUGAGCCUAGGAGCUGUGCCCUCCCUACCUCCCUGGCUCCCUGAUGCCUGCCUUCCUCAGGCAGGGGGUGAUCCCCACUGAGGCAAUAGUGUGCAGAGAGGUGUCCAUAGUCCCCAGGGAGCUGGUGGGCACUGGGGCUGCCAUGAGUGACAUGGAGAGGCUGGCGUUUGACUGUCUGGUCCUGCCCUGCCCCUCCCUUUGGGUCUCAGCUUUGGAGCUCAGGCCCUUAAGGACUUCUUGGGGGCCGGGGCGGGUGCUGCUGAGCUGCUCUAGGGUGUGGUACCGCAGGGCACACUUUGCCCCAAGUCCAUGUCUUCAGCCUCCCCUGGGGUUCCUGGGACCUUGUCUGGAACUCGGAAGGAUGAGUUGCUCCCCGGAGAGGAGGUGAUGACCAGGGAGCCCUGCACGGGUCCAACUGUGUGCUUGGGGAGGGGCUUCCCAGAGGCCUGGCUGGGCCUUUCUGCCUCCUCUGAGGGGGAAGCAGGAUAAGGGGCGCUUAUCCCUGGGCACUUAUCCCAGGGAGGGGCACUCCCUGGGCUGGUGCCCAGCCUCUCCCCUAAGACAAAACUGCAGUGGGCUGCUGCUUGACCUCAGGGGUGCCAGGCUUGGCCACAGGAAGCUGAGGAGGGGGCGGCCAUGAAGCCCAGCCCAUCCUGCCUACUGGCGGUGGGAGAGGGGCGGGGCCUUCCCUUCUUGGUCCUGUCCAGGGUGUGGCCUCCCUGGAGGCUCCCCCCCUCCUUUAACCCUGCACUUGGCCACUAGAUAACUCUCUAGGCUUGUAAAGGGGAAACAUUUAUAUAUGGUGUGUUGGGGGGUAAAAAUUUUUAUGAGGACAUA